AUGGGAGACACAGUUCCAGCGUAUAGGACCGCCACCAGAGGACCGCCACCUGGGGACCACCACCAGAGGACCGCCACCUGGGGACCGCCACCAGAGGACCGCCACCUGGGGACUGCCACCAGAGGACCGCCACCUGGGGACCGCCACCAGAGGACCGCCACCUGGGGACCGCCACCAGAGGACCGCCACCUGGGGACUGCCACCAGAGGACCGCCACCUGGGGACCGCCACCAGAGGACCACCACCAGAGGACCACCACCAGAGGACUGCCACCUGGGGACCGCCACCUGGGGACCGCCACCAGAGGACCGCCACCUGGGGACCGCCACCAGAGGACCGCCUCCAGAGGACCGCCACCAGAGGACCGCCACCUGGGGACCGCCACCAGAGGACCGCCACCAGAGGACCGCCACCAGAGGACCGCCACCUGGGGACCGCCACCAGAGGACCGCCACCAGAGGACCGCCACCAGAGGACUGCCACCAGAGGACACUUUGA